AUGGAGGAACCUGAAAUCCCGUGUGAAGAUCCCAAUUCUAUAGACUGGGCGACGCUCCCGGCGAACGUAUUGGAUAUCAUAUUAGAAAAUAUAGUUUCGUUAUUUGAUUACAUUCGAUUCGGAAGUGUAUGCAAAUCAUGGCUAUCCGUGGCCGAUCAUCACAAAAAAUCCCGAAUCAACAAUUACUGCUUCCGUAAACAACUUCCGCUGCUUCUUGUUCCGACCAAAGAUGGCAGCGAACAAUUUCGUAGCUUAUACAAUGCUGCCGACACUACAAGAAAAAUGCAUGACUUUCAGUUGCAUAUUCCUAUAAACAAACGAUGUUGCGGUUCUUCACACGGUUGGCUUUCUUUCGUAGAAAAAGAUUUGUCAAUCACACUAUUUAAUCCUUUUACGCAAGCUUUUAUUCGUCUCCCGAUCUUUGAUGAUCAAUUCCCCGAAGGGUACGAUAUUGAGUGCGAGUUGAAUAUUCAAAUGCAUCCGUAUGAUGUCUUUAAGUUAAUAUUAUCUGCGGAUCCUACUUUAUAUCCCGAUGAUUUUACAGUUGUGAUUAUAAAUAGUUCAUACCUAAAAAUAGAUUAUUUGAAAUUUGGUGAUGAAAAGUGGAAGAAAAUAGAAUAUCCGCAUCGAGCAUUUUGCAUGGACAUAAUCUGGCACAAAGGUCUAGUUUAUGCCGUUAAUCUUUUAUCGGAUUCAUCUAGAUACUACACCGAAAUUGUAUGUUUUAACGUCGAUUCUCCUCAGCUUAAGGUGGUUUUAACCGCGGAUAAAAUUCAAACAAAUAGAAAAGGAAGAAAAUAUUUCGAGUUACAAAAUUAUAUUGUUGAAUCGUCCAACGGAAAUUUGAUGAUAGUUCAAAGAUUUAUGGAAGAGGAUGAAGAGGUUGAAUGUUCAUACCUAACAAAGAAUUUCAAGGUUUUUAAACUCGUACAAUCCGUAGAUGAUGAACAGAAACCGCAAGUUGCAGGUUGCAGGUUGCAUUCACCAUCAAUGUAA